AUGAAUGCUCCUUUGGUUUUUAAUUCAACUUACCAAAAAGAGCUUUCAGCUUUCAACAAUUCUCCAUUAUUAAGUACUCCUAACAUGUUUUCUAAUGAAGAAGAUUUAGAUAAUGCUAUAGACUCACUCAAAACAAAAUUUACGGAAAUGAUUAAAAUGAUCGAUCAAGAAACUGUCUUAUUAGAUACAGAAUCGAAAUUUCUCAUGAACUUAUUCAGUACAUCAACAGUAGCACAAGAAAAUGAAUCGAACCUUUAUAACUAUUCAAAGCAGAACAGCAAUGAUGAUCUUAAUACGUAUAGUACAGAUAAUAACGAUUACAGUCUUGAAAGUGAAAACGGUAACGAUAGUACAGGUAGUUUUUGUUAUACGGUAGUGAAUGAAAUUAUAGACGUUUUGGAUAAGAUACAAGUGGAAAAUUUGCAAAUGGUUACCACGCCAGCCUCCAAAAUGAAAAAAAAUGAUGUGGUCCUAAUAAAGUCACCAAAUUCAAUAAAAAACCUUUGGAUUGAGUACUAUUACAAACCAAAGGAUUGGCCAGAAUCUUUAAAAGCGAUUUUAAAGGAUCAGACAUCAAAGACACAUUCGUUCGAUCCAGCGGAGAAGGGCUUUAAGUAUGAGGAACUACUCCAAAGAGAGUAUUCUAUAAAAGAAUUAGAAGAGGCAUAUGGUUCAGCCUGGCGUAGUCAUAAUAAAAAUCUUUCUAGACAAAUUAAUAGACGAAAAAAAAUAUGGAAUACCAUCGAGGAAGGGAUUGUUAAUGGUAUUGAAUUAGUUGAUUGUUUGGAGGUCUUAGAAAAGUACUUAUCUGAUGCUGGCAAAGGAUUAAGUUAUUUUUACAACGGUGUUCCAUUCAAAAUUUCGGAAUUAUAUUUGCAAGAUUCAAAAUCACCUUGA